GACUUCGUAGUUCUGCACAAAAACGUGUAAAGGCUUGUCGUAUACCUUACAUCGGGCUGUUCUAGAACCAUCUGUUCUUAAAGGCUUCAUCCUUAUUAGCAGCACUGAGGGUUCACAGUGAAUUCAGUGUCUUCCCUGAGUGCCACCAAAUCACCUUUUCCUCCUGAAAGCUGCAGAACGUGGGUUUGAAUGUCAGAGGAGAUGUCAGGGUGGCCUAGGUCUGUGUGGGAGGAAGGAGCAUCAUCACCACCAUCACUGCAGAGCCCAUUGCUGCUGGGCAGAGCUUUAGGGGUGGUCGCUGGGGAAGCCACUGCCCCGUGGUGCCCGGCCACCUGCGCAGGGUCCCUGCAGAGCCUCCUCAAAGGGGAAUUUGUUGUUUUACCACCCACAGCUCUGCAGUGUGAAGGAGCUGAGCACGUUUUCCCCCACCAAACGCACACUUUAAAAGCAGCCUCUGUUCUUUUACUGCCAUUGAUCCCUCCGUUUGAAAAGAGGAGUUGGCCAGGAUGGCAUCUGCCCAUCCCUGUGUGAUGCUGGGAGCACCGAGCCCUUGUGGAGGGGGGAGAGGAGGAGCUGGGGCAGGAGGAGGCCUUACGAGAUCAUACACUCUUUAAAAUUGAUAUUGUUAUGAAAGACUAUGAUGGAAAACACACGGACUAGGUUAAGAUUGCCCAGCAGACCCUUCUCCAGCACCAGAAACUUCUGCAGCCUUCCCUGUUCUUCUCAUGGGCUCUCAACAGGUGCACACAAACCAACAGUCAGUCCCUACAACUGGUUUAUAUUUCAAGAGGGAUUAAAGCUCUUCUACAAAAAAGUAGUGGAGGGGAGCGAGCACCGGAAUGGUCACGGUGGCCUGAGAGCCCUACGUGCUAACCUUAGCAGAAAAUGCAGGCUGUGAGGGCCAAAGUGGUUGGAAAAUUGCAAGAGGCUGAGAGCUUACAGUGCUGCUGGAGGGCUGGAAGUGUUGGGGUUUUGUGGAGGUGGGCGACCACCCUGCAGUUCCAUCUGCGGGGUGAGAUUGGGUGAAGCUGGGAUGGGUGAAGCUCCAGUGAUGCUGCCAUCGCUUCUGCUGGGUCCUGGGGUGGGACUGUCCUUAUUUCCCCUAAGUCCAAUUUUACAGGGAACAAGCAUGUCUUUCAGACCAGAGUCUGCAAGUUUCUGUACAAAAUACCGGGCUGAGGUACCUUCAGUGUCCUGUGGUGUCCCUUCUCCCUGUUGCUCCCUGCAGUACUUUGGUUUUGUCCCCAGUUGUACCCUCCUGCGUUCUUCACAUCCAGAGAGCCACAUUUGAUGAGUCCAUGGCGCAGGCACUAAAAUAGGUUUAUUUUCAGUGUUAUUGGCUCCUCUUGUGGCAUUUUGCACCUGCGUCUCUGCUGGUGGGGGGUUGUUGGGACGGUCUGUGUGCAGCAGCGAGCACCCACGGAUAAAACUGACUUUCCAGCAGCAGGGAGCGCAGCCCUUUCCUCCCACAGCCCUUCCCCAGCGGGUUUCCUGCUCUCUCUGGAAACCACCCCUCAGUGGGCUGGAAACCUGCUGCCUUCCCAAAAAUACACUGGAGCCCCUGCAGAAAGGCCGUGGAGGUGGGAGCUGCACGGGGUCCUGGCGAUGGACCUCCCCGUCCCGCUGCACGGAGCCAGCUGCACCCACUCCUGGGCAAUACAGAAGCUGAAUCAAAAGAACAUCUUAAUGAGACCUGAGGCUUCUGUGCCCGAGCUUAUGGUGGCUGCCCAGCGUGUGUGUCGUGUUCGCUGUGUCUGAUGUGCCACCUCCCCUCAAUUUAAGAUGUCGGUGAGCCAGCCGCAGUCGGGAAGAGGUAUGCCUUGUUUACGCUGCGGAGGGACGUGCACGGGCUUCGAGCCACAUUCUUGGAGGAAGAUCUGCAAGUCGUGCAAAUGCAGCCAGGAGGAUCACAGCCUGAGCUCGGACCUGGAGGACGACCGGAAAAUCGGGCAGCUGCUGUCGGACUCCAAGUACGUCACGCUCACCGCCCGCGUGAAGGGAGGUGAUGGCAUCCGCAUCUACAAAAGGAACCGCAUGAUCGUCACCAACCCCAUCGUCUCGCGGAAGGACCCCACCUUCGACACCAUCACCUACGAGUGGGCCCCCCCGGGGCUCACCCAGAAGCUGGCCAUGCAGUACAUGGAGCUGCUCCCCAAGAAGAUGCAGCCGGUGGCGGGGACGGAAGGAGCGUACUAUCGCCGGCGGCAGCUGAUGCAGCAGCUCCCGCUGUACGACCAGGACCCGUCCCAGUGCCGCGGCCUCGCCGAGGGCGAGCUGAAGCUGAUGGAAGACUUCGUGAAGAAGUACAAAGCUGAGGCGCUGGGGGUUGGGGAGGUGGCCUUGCCGGGCCAGGGCGGCGGUGGGAAGGAGGAAGGGAAGGCGCAGGACAAGAGCAUCGCUGCCGGGAAACCCUCCGAGUCCACCAACGGGGCCCUGGAGAGCACGCCCGCCGGAGAGCACUACCGCUGCGAGACCUGCAAGCAGGCAGUGCCGGGGGACUGCCCGGUGGUCUACGCCGACAGGGCCGGCUACUCCCGGCAGUGGCACCCGGCCUGCUUCAUCUGCUGCCGCUGCGCCAAGCCCCUCGUCGACCUCAUCUACUUCUGGAAGAGCGGGGCGGCCUGGUGCGGCCGCCACUACUGCGAGAGCCUGCGGCCCCGCUGCGCCGGCUGCGACGAGAUCAUCUUCUCAGAGGACUACCAGCAGGCGGAAGGGAUGGCCUGGCACAAGAAGCACUUUGCCUGCCUGGAGUGCGAGACGCUGCUGACGGGCAAACCCUUCACCCUGGACGCCGCCGGGCUCCUCUGCACAACCUGCAGCAAAAGCAAACGCCUCUGAGCAGGAGCAGCGCCCCCGGGGCACAGCGGGCUCCCCGAGGGCCCCCCAGGACUGGGGUCACUUGAUGAGUACAUCAGAAGGGGAAGGUUAAAAAAAAAUAAUAAUAAAUUAGAGCCUGACUAUUCAGUUGCAAGCAACUCGGUGCCCCCCUGCAUCCCAUCCAGCGUGCAGGAGAAUGUUCCCCUGGGGAGGAGGCACUCGUACUCCUGCGGGACGAGGAGGGACUGAAAAGGAGGUUCUGUGUUGAGCUGGUUUGUAUAGAGUCUCUCCAAGCUUCUUCUGACUAAGAUCUUGCAAUAGUUUUUUGGAAAUAACACAUCUCAACAAUAACUCUUGGCAUACUAAACCCACGGUCACGGUCACAAACGAGGGUGGUUCUUAUUUUUUGAAAUCUGUACUGGAAGUUUACACUAACAGGCUGCUGACAACUGUACUAAGGCAAUGGGUUUGGAGAAUUUGAUUAACCCGGGUGACGGCUUUCUGAAAGCAAAUGAUAUGAAAUUGCAGCAACGUGCAGCUGUAGCUUUCUCCUAAGCGUACAAUAAUGCAAACAUGACGCCUUGGCACACAGGGUUUAAUGCUGGGGCGAUGGGAAGGGUGCAGCUCUGCCCCGGGGCUGCUGCCUGCCUCGGCCCCUGGGAGCUUUAGCCCUGAAACUGGGGUGCAGGUGUGUCCUGGUAGGUCCCCCCACUGCUCCCCGGCCACCAACUGCCUGUUCCUCUGGGCGAACGUCCUUCCACAGAGCGGCAUUGUGCUCCCACCGCGACGCCGGAGGUUGUUAAGCAUUUAAAGCAUGGGCCUUUAUUUCAGCUGGGUUUGACUGAGGAAUUUUAUGGAAAACAGCUUUCCAGCCUAAGCUGUCUGGGAGCCAGGGGGAGGGGGUGCCUGAAAUGCUGCAGUGGCAGUUUUUCCCUGUACUGCAUCACUGACCCCUCCGAGCCAGGGAGCCCUCCCUUCCCCUUGGGGCUGGCAGACCCUCGCCCUGGGCUCUGCCCUGCUCCUCAUCCCGCAGCUCUCCCGUCCCCAUCCCCGUCCUCUCUGGGAUCUGAGAGGGGUGACACCAUCCCAGGAUCCAGCACUGAGUCUCUGCAGGUAGUAUUUGUUCCCUACAUCAAGCGAUGCUUCUGGUAGCCACCGAGAAUAUCAGGUAGUCCAGGCUGGCAGGUGUCUGUGUGCUUGAUCUUUUUUUCUCACAUUAAAUGUCUACAUUUUUUGCCAGAGAACUGGAAUAUGUGUUUUGCAGAGGUGAGUGUGCAAGGAGCUCCCCAUUGCUGGGUUUUCUCUCUGCUGAAGAUGCUGGUUUCUUUCAGGUGUGCUCCACAGGGUGGGCGUUUGCCUCCUUGUGAUAAAGUGACUUCAGAUGAGGGUUGGGGGAAACCAAACGCGCUGGGGGGUUAGAGCCUGCCAGCCAUGGGCCGGGCUCUGCCCCACACGUGGGGGCUGCCCCACGCCGGUGCUGGGGAGGAGCAGGUCAGUCCAUCACCCUGUGUGAGCUGGUGAGACACGUGUGGGGUACGUGGGGUGCCUCUUGGACCCCCCCCCAGCCCUGGGCUCUUGCCUGGUCGAUACUCCUGGAAACCCUGGGGUGUUUAAAGAGAGUCAAUGAAUGGCUGCCGUGGCACAAUCCUGAGGUGAUGGAGGAGUGUCACAGGGUGUCGUGGCACACGUGCUCCUGCGGUCGUUUGUCUGUCUCAGGUUGGUUGGUGGCUGCACUGGGUGCCUGGGGGUGUCACUUGUGGGAGUUCAGUCAGAUGCUGCAGGUCGGGAUGUGCAGAGCUGAUGUUGUGUGAGGAAUAACAAAGCUGCCUUGGAUCAAGCUCUCUGGUUAUCAGUGAAGUGGGAGUGGAAAAUAAAGCCCCGUGCUUAGCUCUA